UCGUGCUUCCGGCCGAAAUUUGGUGGGAAGCUUCUUCCAGCUUCUUUCUUUCUUCGUCUUUAGGGUUUUCGUUGUCGAUCUCCGCUGCUCUUAUCCCUCGGCGAUGGCGAAGAACCGGAAUAAGAAGAAGCGAAGUGGGCCUGUUUCAAUGGACGUAACUGAAAACACCGUUCACGAGCUCCCUCAAGCGAUGGACGUGUCUGAGUCUGCAGUUCAUAAACCAACUUCCGGCGCUCUCAACUUAAAGUUGAAAAAGGGAAGGCCAAUGAAGCGAUCCAAGAAUGUUAGGAAAACAAAAGCCAUGGCAAAGGCCAUAUCUAAGAGCGAGCAGUCGACGGAGAAAAUUUUGAAAAAUCAGAGCAAAACUGCCAGAAUACAAUCUGCAAAAGCAUUGUAUGAAUGAUAGUAUCAUUCUUAUAGAGAAAUGUUUCCUUAAAUUGUAAAAUUUAUUUAUUUUUGUCCCUUUCAUAGGUUUUUAUGUUACUUUCUCCACUCACCAUUAAGUAUUCAAUUGUAUCGAUCCUGCAACUUCGAAGUAGUAAGUUACUUGUGAAAUCUAAUCCAGUGCCAUUAAUUCAUUUUA